AACGUGCUUCAGAACUUGUGGUACAGAUUUUGAAGGUCACUGACGCACUUCUGCAAAUUAGUUAUUGCCCAGUUCCAGGUAGUGUCAUGCAUAUAAGAACAUUAAAAUGGAUUUUUUUGUUUCUCCUUGUAUUUUGUGUCAUAACAAUAUUGUACGUAACUUUUUCUUCCAACACUGUGAUUGAGCAUACAAACCUCAUGUAUUUCUAUGAAUAUGAACCAAUUUACAAGCAACACUACCUCUUCACACUGCGGGAGCGCUUGAAAUGCAAAGACAUAAAUCCGUUUCUCGUCAUCUUGGUGUCUUCAAGUCCUAAGGAUGUGAAGUCAAGGCAGGCCAUCAGGAUAACAUGGGGAUCUCAAAACUUCUGGUGGGGACAUCGAAUUCUGACCCUGUUCUUACUAGGUCAGGACACUCAAAGAGAAGACAAUGCCGCAGCACUGUCGGUAGAAGAUGAAAGCAUCCUCUAUGGUGACAUAAUUCGCCAAGAUUUUAUGGACACGUACGACAAUCUCACCUUGAAAACGAUCAUGGCGUUUAGGUGGGUCACUGAGUUCUGUUCAAAUGCGAGAUUCCUCAUGAAGACUGAUGCUGAUGUCUUCAUCAACACCGCUAACUUGGUAAAAUUUCUUCUGAAGCUGAAUUCCUCAGAAAAUAUUUUUACUGGUUAUCCUCUUAUAGGUAACUUUGCCUACAGAGGCUUUUACAAAAAAACAUACAUCUCUUAUGAUGAAUAUCCGUUCAAGUUGUAUCCUCCAUAUUGCAGUGGGAUGGGUUAUAUAUUGGAUGGAAAACUGGCUCUGAGGAUUUAUGAACUGAUGAGUCAUAUCAAACCUAUUAAAUUUGAGGAUGUUUAUGUUGGAAUUUGCUUAAAUAUACUUAAAGUGAACAUCAGUAUUCCAGAAGAUAAACAACAAUUCUUUCUUUAUAAAAUUAAUUUUGAUAUCUGUAAGUAUAGACAUUUGAUUGCAGUACAUGGCAUUACAUCAGGUGAAAUAAUCGGGUUUUGGCAGGAUUUGUCAUCAGACACUUCAGUUACUUGCCUUUGAUUCUAUAUUAAUAUAUAAACUUAAACCUAUUUGGUGUAAAAACGUUUAAAGUAUAGGGCAACACAAAAGAAAAACAGUUACAGAGAUGACUUCGACUGAAGGAGGGCUGUGCUGCUGGGGCAAAACUGCAGUGGCAGCUUUUCUCUGGGACAUUCUAAUAUUCUUAAAUAAAAAUAUUAGGCAUUCACAAAACACUUUUCCAUCUAUGUAUCCUACUCAUGCAGGAUACUUGGGAAUACACUGUCCUGUCUUCCUCUGACACUUCCACGUGGUCUGCUGUAACCACGGGAUUUCUACCCGAGUCUUCUGGAAUGUAUGAAAUGUCACCGAGGAAUAAUGUUUAUGCCAAGAAACCAGCUUUGAAGAUGCUUCCCAAAUUCCUACCUGGAAUUUUUAAAUUGUUUUUGCAACUGUGUCAUCCUUUGCCGCUCUCAUUUGUUCUUUGCCCAGCAUGAAACUAAUAACAACCUUCUUCUUUCAAUAUAUCACCUCUGUAAUCCUUCUGAGAGUGUUACACCUUCUUAUUUAAACAUACCACCUCUGUAAUCAUUCUGAGAGUGUUACAAGGCUGUGGAUGUUGUGGGGUCCACAGAAGCUGAUGGGAAAUUCUGAAAACGUGAUGCACUUUGUAUGUGUAUAUUUAGGUAUAUCUAUAUACGUAUAAAAUAGAAUUGCUUUGGUGUCUUUGAUAAUGUUCACAGGCUACUAGAGGGCUAGAUGCAGCAGAGUUCAUGUGCAGUUUAGUUACUAGACAUCUCUAAUACAUCGGGAUAAUCAAAACCCACAUCUAUGCACACAUAUGUGUGUACUGAUGCAUCCCGAGAGUUUUGGAACCACACAGGGACGAUUAGAACAGAUGCAUUUAUGUUGUGACUUUAUAUCUGUUUCU